AUGUUCUCAGCCGGCGCUGCAGAGGAACUCGUAGAUCUCGACCACCUUUACUUGGACUCCGACGACAGCGACUCUGAAUUCGAGACGGAUGCGGCUGCAUUGAUCGAGAGCGUUAGGAAACCGACACAGAAAGCGCAUGCCCUUCGGCUACGACCAGAGCUCCGCGUUGGUGCCAGUGCCUGCGCCUCCUUGCGCCAGACCAGUCGGACCCCAAAGAAGACCGUCCCCUUUGCGUCCCUUCUACGAGAGAAGAGACGCGAUGAGCAAGCGGGAACCGGCGCAGAUGCCGUUAUCCGCGAAGCGGAGAGGAUCGUUCUCGAGCACAAGGCAGGUUUGUUGAGGGAGAACGACGACGCCGUUGGAGACGACAGCGACGGCUCCGACACGGACGACCCCGAUUAUGCAAUCGCCACUGCCAGUCAGUGGCUAGGAUCAGGUGCAAAGGCCGUCAACGCGCUUUUAGCAGAUGACUCCAAGGCCAGGAGGGCCAGGAAGGCAGCGAAGAAUCGCGACUCUACCGGAGUACCAUUCUGGAGCCAAGACGCAGCCGUUGAAGACGCGAUGGACCUGGAUCCCAGUGGCUUCAACAUACACACAUUCACCACCGCAAACGAUCACCCUGUGCUCCGAUACCUCCAGGAUGUGGCUACAAGACAGGAUCACACUAAAAUGGGAGCCAUCCUGUCUUCCAGCCACUUAUCUUCCCUCAAGCCGUGCCAUCUCGCCUCCGUGAUACCGUGGCUAUUCGAAGUCUCGUUAUCCAAUGCUCCAUUUUCACUUCCCGACCUCGCUCUCUCCCAGUUAGCCAAGCUGGCUUCGACCGACGGUAUCCCCGUCCUGCGCAACGCAUCGAUCACAAAUGCCCUUCUCCGUCUCGGAGCGUCCCCCGCCGCUCUCUCCACGCAUGGUUUACCGCUCAACACCAUCACGCAUGGCGAGAAGGGCGGCACAUGCGACCCUGCCGAACGUAGCGACAUUUUACUCACCGUUAUACUCCUCGCCAUGGACCCAACGACGUCCAAUGAAACACUAGUCGAAAUCCGCAAAGCAGGUCAAAGCUUGGCCAAAGCGAUGUCCGCGACCUCGGAGGAACUUACCAUAUGCCAGAAGUUGGUUCUCUUCGGUCACACCCUCUCUCCUGAAAACCAGGCAUUGCUCCUCUCUUCCAUCCCAACCGCCUCGGACCCGGCGUUCCGCAUUGGCCGUGUAGUGGCACGGGCACUGCUGCUGGGUAUUACGGAUAUCAACGCCGAAGACCUCGAGCGGCUGCCACCUCUCAAGCCUUUGAUCGAACUUCUCUCAGCCUCGGCCGGUUCCAAAGGACCUUUCGACGUGGCAGGCCACGCCAACACGCCCGGCUUCUUCGACGACCUGUCGUGUCGCGUCGCCCUGCUCAGUCGCGCGCUAAUUCCGGACAUACACGACUACGCUCUCCAGGAGCGCCGCAAGGGCGACGCCUCGACGGGCCCGCUCAGGGAGAUCACGGCGCGACUGCACGCUCUGCAUGGCAGCAUCGCUGAUGGCCGUCGCGGCGCACACUCCGAUCGCUUGCGGGUGAAGGACGUGCUUUUGCGGCUGUGGGUACGUGUGGAGUCGGAGCGUAAAGCGGUGGUGAAGUUGCGGCAGGGGAAACUGGGCGCAGGAAAGGCCACGCGCGGGAUAGCCCUGCGUUGCUUCCAUGACGGCACGUGGAUACAAGGAGACGAGGGACCUUGA